UCCCCUUUGCCUUUCCCCUACUCCUAAUUCUUCUUGCUUUUUCACAUUCUUCCCCACUAAUUUAAAAAAAAAAAAAAUUAUAUAAAAACCAAAAUUGAAGAACCCAAUUUCAAGAAUCAUGAAGUUUUCUUUUCCAUUUCUCUCAUGUUUUAGCUCAUCAGCAGAUACUUUGGAAGGCAGCCAAACCCCAUAUGGUGGACAAAUUUCCCAGAAUUUUUCAGUGUACUCUUACAAUGACUUGAAAGCUGCAACUCAUGGAUUCAGAGCUUCAAAUAAAAUUGGAGAAGGAGGUUUUGGUUCUGUUUACAAGGGUCGGCUUCAAGAUGGAAGCUUUAUGGCUGUAAAAGUUCUUUCAGUUGAAUUGGAAUCAAUGAGAGGGGAAAGGGAAUUUGUAUCAGAAAUAGCUGCAUUGUCUGAUAUCAAACAUGAAAACCUUGUCAACCUCAGAGGAUGUUGUGUUGAUGGAGCACAUAGACUUUUAGUCUAUGAUUACAUGGAAAACAACAGUCUUUCCCUAACAUUUUUAGCAGGUGGGGAGCAAAACAGAAGCAAAUUUACAUGGACACUUAGGAAAGAAGUUUCGAUAGGAAUAGCAAAGGGACUUUCAUAUCUCCAUGAAGAAGUGAGUCCACAUGUUGUGCAUAGAGAUAUUAAAACCAGCAACAUACUCCUUGAUGAGAAUUUUACACCAAAAAUUGCAGAUUUCGGUUUGGCUAGGCUGUUUACGGAGAACAUGUCCCAUAUUAGUACCCGAGUAGCCGGAACAUUAGGCUAUCUUUCUCCAGAAUACGCCAUCAGUGGACACUUAACACGCAAGUCAGACGUUUAUAGCUUUGGAGUCGUGUUACUAGAAAUAGUCAGCGGUUCACCAGUAGUUGCAUUCGACAUUACUCGAGGAGAGCAUUUCCUUGUUAACAAGGCAUGGGAAAUGUACAAUGCUGACCAACUAUUAGAGCUAGUGGACCCUGUUUUGGAUAGAGAACUUUUGAACGACGACGAAGCUCUCCGAUUCUUGAAGGUUGGCCUCCUCUGCGUGCAAGAGAACGCCAGCCUCCGCCCCAAAAUGUCCAUGGUCAUCAAGAUGUUGAGUCGAGAUGGCGCGAUAAUAGUAGAUGAAAUGAAGAUUACUCAGCCUGGGAUUGUUGCUGAUCUAAUGGAUGUUAAGAUAGGCAGAAAACACUCUUCUCAAAGCUUUUUUUCUAAAGCUUCUACAAGCAUGAGCCCAGGAAGCCCCUUCCAAAUAGUUAAAAGGAGAAAAAGCAAUAGCUAGAAAUUAGUCGAGGUACGCACAAGCUGGUUCAGAUACCACGAUUAUUAAAAAAAUAGAAUGUACUUGUACAAAGAGUAUAUUGUGCACACACAUAGAUACAUUUGCACUAAGUUUGCUCACUUUUUUUUGAUGUUAGAUCAGUUGUAUAUCAAUGUGAGCAGCUAGGUCUUUAAUUUUUUCAAUUUUUUUUUUUUGGAAUAUUUGGUUCCAUUUGAUGUAAAAGCUACCCUUAAUAACA